CACCUGCUCCUCUCUGUGUUUACCUCCCAAUCGCAGCGCUGCUGUAACGGUGGCAAACUGGACAAAAAGCACCAUCUUCUGCCCGGUGCGCCAGAAAUACUGAUGUAAGCUGCCUGGUGUUCCAUCCUUCUGGGAUUUUUUUUGUCCGCUACACCGUGUGUUAGUGCCACUGUCCGUGGCGAAGCUGUGAUGAAUAAGGAGAUCAUGUCCCGUGUGGUGAGGAAGAGGCAGGCGGAUCCUAAGGUGGUCCAGUACGUGUGGGAAGCCAUCGAAGUCAUUCGGAACCAGAAACAAAUCGCAAACAUGGACCGGAUCUCCAAGUACCUGAGCCGGGUGUUCAGCAUGCACCCAAAGGAGACGGCGCGGCAGCUGAGCCUGGCGGUGAAGGACGGGCUGGUGGUGGAGACCCUCACCGUCGGCUGCAAGGGCUCCAAGGCCGGCAUCGAGCAGGAGGGCUACUGGCUGCCUGGAGAUGAGAUGGAGCCGAAAGCCGAGGGCAGCAAGGACUGGGAGGCGGAGAGCCACGACUGGUACUGCUUCGACUGCCACCUGCCAGGCGACGUCCUGCCCUGCGACAACUGCUUCCGGGUCUAUCACCUCAAAUGUCUGUCGGAGGAGUGCAAACCCAGAGACGGAGGCUCCCACUGGCAGUGCGUCGUCUGCAGGGGAAGUAAAAAGAAGAACCUGAACAAACAGGAGAUGGGUAAAUACCUGCGCUUCAUCAUCCAGCGGAUGAAAGAGAGGGCGGUGGAUCUGAACAAAAAGGGCAAAGACACUAAACACCCCAUGUACAAACGGCUGAUCCACAGCGCGCUGGACGUCUCCAACAUCCACGAGAAUCUGACUGAAGGAAAAUACAAAACCUUCGAGGAGUUCAAAGCUGACGCUCAGAUGAUCGUUCAUAACACUGCCAUCCUGUAUGGAGUUCACAGCGACCAGGCGGAGAUCGCACGGCUGCUCUUUAGCGACACAUGCCACGAGUUGAAUGAGUUGGUGUUGUGUAAGAACUGUUUCUACCUGUCGAACGCCCGGCCUGAAAACUGGUUCUGUUAUCCCUGUACUCCGAGCCACGACCUGGUCUGGGCCAAGAUGAAGGGCUUCGGCUACUGGCCCGCCAAAGUCCUGCAGAGGGAAGACAACCAGGUGGAUGUGCGCUUCUUUGGCCACCAGCACCAGAGAGCGUGGAUCCCGUCGGAGAACAUCCAGGACAUCAAGGUGAGCGUCCAGCAGCUGCAGGUGAAGCGCAGCAACGGCUGGAAGAAGGCGUGCGAGGAGCUAGAGGUGUACCAGCGCUUCCUGAGGGAGGGCCGCUUCUGGAAGACAAAGAUGGAGGACAGCCCCGCGCCGCACCAGCCGAACCAGAACCAGCGGAAGCAGCAGCAGGACGAGGAGGAAGACGAAGAUGAGGUAGAGGAGGUAGAGGAGGAAGAAGAGGGCGAAGAGGAGGCGGCCAGCAGGAGGACGCAGAGACCGGAGCGGACGGACGAAGCCGAGUCCAGCAUCUCGUCCACCAGCAACGAGCAGAUCCGCCACUUGAAAAGCAGCCAGGAGCCCAAAGCGAAGAAAAGCCGCAGGACUCUAAUUGUUGAACCCAAAGAGGAAGCCAGCGAGCCGGAGCCGGAGAUGGAGGCGGUGAGCUCCAGCCAGGAGAUCCCGGUGUUGUCGGCGCCGCCACCGCCAGAGAAGCUGUCGGUGUCGACGCAGACCAAGAAGGCGAGCGGCGGCUCGCCGCGCAUGCUGCACCGCGGCACGCAGACCAACAGCGAGGGGCCCUGCCACAACAUGUGCCACGAGAAAUACAGCAAGGUGUUCGGCGAGGUCAAGGAGAUGAUGAAGGCCGACAACAAGAGGGAGACGGAGCGCGUCGUCAGGGAGGCGCUGGAGAAGCUUCGGGCCGAGAUGGAGGAGGAGAAACGUCAGGCGGUGAGCAAGGCCGUGGCCGGAGUCCAGGCGGAGAUGGAGAGGAAGUGCAAACAGGUGAAGGAGAAGUGCAAAGAGGAGCUGGUGGAGGAGGUGAAGAAGCUGGUGGCCCAACACAAGCAGCUCAUCUCCCAGACCAAGAAGAAGCAGUGGUGCUAUAACUGUGAAGAGGAGGCCAUGUACCACUGCUGCUGGAACACCUCCUACUGCUCCAUCAAGUGUCAGCAGGAGCACUGGCACGCAGACCACAAACGAACCUGCCGCAGGAAGAGAUGAACAAGCCCCGCCCCUCCUCGCACCUCAUUGGCUCCCACCCUCAGUCAGUGAACAACACACACACAUGCCCACACACACACACAUACACACACACACACAGCGUUUCUCCCUGGGAACUGGUUGGACCGGAUGUUUCUGCUGCGUGGCGAAUGACUUGCUCCCGUUUUAUUUAAUGUAGCCAUCGUUUUCUUUUCUUUUCUCCUGAAUUGUGAAGUUUUCUCCACUGCAGAGAUUUUUAUGUUUUGUUGUUUUUUUUUUAUGUUUUCUUUAAUGAAAUACUGAUGUUGCGUCUAUUUAAGUGAGCAUUAAUAGAAAACAUUUUAUGACCUGGAUUUAUUAAGAAAAUGUUUUUUUUUUCCUUACUGAAUGAACUCUGCUUUCAUCUGUAGCAACCUGAACUGUCAGUGGUUCGGCUUACAGACUUUAAAGUCAUGUUAGGUCUUUUUUUUUGGUUUUGUUUUCUAUAAAUCUAUGGCGGUGGAUGCACCUUUUUUAUCAUGUCUACCUAAAAUUUUAUUGUCCUCAAUCAUUCAUUGGGAACAGGGUUAAAAUGUUAACUUUUAAAGCCAGUUGACAAGUAAAUCUUCCACUUACUGUAGAUUAAUAAUAUCAUAAAUGGUAUAAAUGUGCACCAGUUUGGCUUCUCUGCUGACUAGACUCUUUCUACGAGUCUGAAGAUAAAGAAAAGGUUUAAAAAUUGCUCUAAAUUUGGAGAAUUUUAUAAAAGUCGACUAAUUCGUUUGUGAGUUUAACAAUCUAAAAUUGCCCGAUUAAUCCCCCUCUGCCCGGUUUGUUGAACCUACCUGAGAAGAUCGGACACGUUGCCUGGACGAUCAAAUGUAUAUUUUUGCGAACGUCAUCUGUGUCAUUUUUCUCGUGGUGUGCGCUAGUUAAAGACUUUCUCGCUGCGUUCUGCUGUUGUUGGUGCCUGUUUUCCUUUCUGCCAGUGAGGCCAACAUGCAUGUCGAUAGCUUCACCCUCUUUUUUUUUUUUUUUUUUUUUUUUUUUUGUGAAAACAAGAAGAAAAACGAGGAGAGACGGACCGUUACGAAACUUUAUGCAAACAUGAGCGUUCAACAUUUAUCCCCUGCCUGAAUUGGAUGUUCUGGUGUUUUAAUACGGAAAAGAGGCAAUGAAAUUGCCAAAUUCUGAUCCUUUUUUCUUAUUUUAACUGAUGAUCAAGAGAAAAAAUCUACCUAUUUAAUUUUUCCUGUUGCCUUUUUCCUCACAGAUUAUUUAGGUUUUCAUCAAAUUUUAUUUUAUUUUUAUAUUUUUGGAAAAGACAAUGAAACGUUUUGCAUCAUGGAUGGAAAGUUCUUCAGUUUCAGAACCUGUUUGUUUUUCUGACUGUGUUCUCAUUGAAUGUUAAUUAAAUGCGCAGAAACAAUAUUGUUGAUGUUGUUUUCAGCAUGGAAAAAUAAUGCAAGAGCCACAGCUAGUUAAAAUUCAAAUAAAACUUUGGAUUUUUAUGUUCUCAGAAUAUUUGGCCAGAGUUCUCCUCAGGCUUUCAGAAAGUCCGACGACCCGCAGACUCGUCUUUCAUCGUUGCACUACGUGUAAAUACGUCAGUAAAUCCCACUUUAAAUCCACAUUUCAUUUCGGAGAUCUUCCAUGACUGUUAGUUCUAGUUUUGUACAAUGUACAACGUUUGUCAUAUCAGCCAUAGUGACGUUUAUCUUGUUGCACCUUCAUCAAGUCAAAAUAUUUCAGCUUUUUUUAUUUUUUUUUUAAGUUGAAUAAACGAGCCUGUCCUUCCAGACUCACACCGUUUGCUGAUGACACCAUUUUGUUACACAUUAUACAACCUAAUUUCUCGUCUGGUUUUUUUAUAUUCGUCCAUGCAGCUGUAACUUUUUUUUUUUUUUUUACUUCUUUUCAUAUGUGUUUGUAACCUUUUUGAUGUCAUUUCAUUUUUUUUUUUUUUAUUAUUAUUGCAUGAAAUCAAGUAUGUGACUCCACUUCAGAUCUGUUUUUAUUCCGUUUUUUUUCCUCCCCGGAUGUAAAGAGAAAAUGUUUUUGCACUCAUCUGAGAAAUGCAGUACGUGGAUUUUUAUUUCCCAGGAAGGUUUCGAGCUAGAAGAAGUGAGUCGUUUAAUCCAGACUUUACCUGCUCUUAUUCCAGGGUAUUUCUGUAAAUAUUACUGUGUGAUUGCAUUAAUUCUCCUUGUACUCAAAGUACAAACACCAGGAAUAAAGUCAGUGUGACGUCUCCUUUGUUUUCGCUUCUCAUAGAACAUGCUCUUCUGUUCUGUUCACAUGUAAACUAUCAUUAAUCAAGGCAACGUUUUUUUAUGCUCCCAACACUUUAGCUAGCAAUAUGUAUAUAAAUAUAUUCUAUGUGCUAACAUGGGGGAAAUAAAUGUAUCAACAAGUCA